UGAGGCAGACAUCAGUGGUACUGCAGAAGAAUUUUAUUCCAACUGGAUACACUAUUCACAGAAUAAGAGAUAUCAAGGUAUUAAAUAUUGGAGAGAUGGCUUUGUUUUGUUUGGACAUUAGAUGCCUAUGUAUCAUUCUUACAUGGACAGCAUUUGGCAAUACUUUGUCUUCAGAAUUUGAAAUCAAAGUUUAUCCUCCCCAAGAUUUUCAGAUAGUAGAUCCUGGAUUUUUGGGUUAUCUCUAUUUGCAAUGGCAACCACCACUGUUUAUGAAUGAGUUUGAGGAAUGCACAGUAGAAUAUGAAUUAAAAUACCGAAAUGUUGACAGUAAAAUAUGGAAGACCAUCAUUACUAAGAAUCUGUAUUUCAAAGAUGGGUUUGAUCUUAACAAGGGCAUUGAAGCAAAGAUACACACACUUUUGCCAGGACAAUGCACAAAUGGAUCAGAAAUUCAAAGUUCAUGGUCAGAAGCCACUUACUGGAUAUCACCACAAGGAAAUCUUGAAACUAAAAUUCAGGAUAUGGAUUGUGUGUAUCACAACUGGCAAUAUUUAUUCUGUUCUUGGAAACCUGGCAUGGAUGUACAUUUUGAUGCUAAUUACAACUUGUUUUACUGGUAUGAGGGCUUGGAUCAUGCAUUACAGUGUGACGAUUAUGUCAUGGAGGAUGGAAAAAAUAUUGGAUGCAGGUUUCCCAAUUUGGAGUCAUCAGACUACACAAAUUUUUAUAUCUGUGUUAAUGGAUCAUCAGACUCCACGCCUAUCAGAUCCAGUUAUUUCAUUAUUCAGCUUCAAAAUAUAGUUAAACCUUUGCCACCAGACUAUCUUAGUCUUACUGUGCAGAAUUCAUAUGAAAUUAUCCUGAAAUGGAGCUUGCCUAGUGGACCCAUUCCAGAAAACUGUUUCAUUUAUGAAAUUGCAUUCUCAGAAGAUGAUACUGCUUGGGUGAGUACCACAGCAGACACUGAAAUGUAUGUCAUGAAAACAACAAAUGGAAGUAAACAAUUAUGCUUUUUAGUAAGAAGCAAAGUGAAUAUGUAUUGCUCAGAUGAUGGAAUUUGGAGUGAAUGGAGUGAUGAAUAUUGCUGGACAGGUGGCAUGUGGAAGGAAACUUUGAUAUUUUUCUUGAUACCAUUUGGUUUUGUCUCAUUAUUUGUUUUGCUUGUAACUUGUGUGCUUCUGCAUAAGCAAAAAAAUCUGUUAAAAAUGGUUUUUUAUAUGAGGAGGGAAGUUUUUCUUCACCAAGACGUAAUAUGCUGAUUUACCAGUUUCCAUUCAUGUGGAUAAUUGUCUAACAUGAC